AUGAGCGUCACGGUGACUCCGGAGUUGCCAGAGGGCCAUGCAAACGAGGUGGUUAGUGAGCACGUCCCACAUGGUGCGCGUGAAUUAGUAGCAGAGCGGACCUCAAUUUGGUGUCCGGACGUUGGCAGUGAAAUCACCCCUGUGGUUGGGCGGCGUUUUAGCACAUUGGAUUCAGGCAUCGACUUAUACACAAACUAUGCACGGGUAUGUGGGUUUGAUGUGCGGUUACACACCGUGAAACGGGACCGUGAUGGGAAGUCCAUAAUGCGUUACUUGGUAUGUAGCCGGGAAGGCAUUAAGGGUGGUGGUAUUAGCAAGCUGACCGGUGCAGACGGUGAUAAUGGUGGUAAGAAGAAGCAACGAAGACGACGGACAUCUAACAGGGUUAAGUGCAGAGCUAGGAUCUGUUUAAGGAAGGUGGGCAGUGGAGAGUUUGAGAUAACUGUGUUUGUUGAGGGGCAUAGCCAUCGUAUGUGUUCCGACGCAUCGAAAUUAUUUAUGAGAGUUAACCGGAAGUUGGACGUGGCACAACAAGCGUUUGCUGCAAACUGUGUAAGGGCGAAUGUUGGUUCGUCCAAAGGUUUCAAACUAUACAGGGAGGUCACCGGGUCGUACGCAAAUGUAGGCGCGACAGAUACCGAGUUUCAUAAUUUCAAACGAGACCUCCAGGUUUACGUUGAUGGCAAAGAUGGUGAAAUGAUUAUAGAGAAGUACAGUUUGGUGUUUGUGCCGUUCACCGGGGUGGACCACCACAAGCGAUGCAUUACUUUUGCUGCCGGGUUGCUCACUAAAGAGGAUGUCGAAUCAUAUUCAUGGUUACUACAGAGGUUUAAAACUGCAAUGGGUACUGUCCCAACGUGUGUGAUUACUGAUCAAGACCCGGCUAUGAAGAUUGCUUUUGCUGAGGUUCUGUCAGAUUGCCGCCAUCGUUUCUGUAUGUGGCACAUUAUGACAAAGGUGAACGAGAAAAUUGGGUCCGACAUGGUAAAAGACGUAGCGUUCCGCAACAAACUGAACGGUAUUGUUUGGAAUGAAACCAUCAGUGUAAGCGAGUUCGAAGAGCAGUGGCAUUCGUUAAUGGAAAAGUACAAUCUAGCAACCCACCGUUGGUUUACCAAGCUGUAUACUGAAAGGGAGUUCUGGGUACCUGCAUAUUUUAUAAAUCUGCCCAUGAGUGGGUUGUUGCGCACAACAUCCCAAUCUGAAGCAGAGAACAGUGUUUACGGGAAGUGUACCCGACCCCACUUCAGCUUGGUGGAGUUCUAUGUGCAAUUCGAGGGUGUACUGGAGACUCAGCGUUACAAGCAAUCUAAGUUGAACGCCGAGAGCGAGGGUUACUUGCCCGAUUUCAAGACCCCCUUAGCACUAGAACGGUAUUUGGCCCAGAUGUUCACGAUAACUAUUUUUUAUGAGCUACAACAAGAAAUUGAAGCUGGGUGUUUCUAUUGUCGAGUGGUGGGUAUCCGUGAGGAGGGGGAUGUCAUUACUUACAACAUAAGAGGAGAGUGCACCGCUACCUACACCGUGCAAUAUACCCCGGUAGGGAAUCAUGCAUCCUGUAGCUGCAAGCUAUUCGAGCGGUUGGGGUUAGUUUGUCGGCACAUGUUCUUGGUGUUCAAGGAUGCACAGGUUAAAAGCUUGCCGUUGGACUACGUCCUUCCACGUUGGUGUAAGCAGGUGGGCGGUGGUGUAUGCUGUGGGCAGUGUUGUGAUGUUCCUUCUCCGGAUUCUGGACCUAACCGGCUGUGGAAUGCAAUGCACCAAUGCGCUGCCUUGGUAGGCACCAACACGGAUCGGCAGACGCGGAUGCUGCAAGUAUUAGAAGAUUUGAAAGAGGAAUUUAUGAGUGAUGGUUCGAACGUUACCCCUGCAAAAGGUAACAAUGCUGUCAUCGUGGCUUUAUGUGGGGUUGCACCUCCGACAUCCAUCACCAUCAAGUCCCUGGCUCAAGCUAAAAACAAAGGGAUCGGUCGACGUAUUAAAAGCCAGCGGGAGUUAGCUGUUUUGAGCAAUGGUAAAAUAUGGUGUAAAUGCGGUGUGUGCGGCAAGUACGCCCGUCAUAACGCUCGUAGCUGUCCGUAUAAGUGA